AUGGCUCACGGGCCCGGCGCGCUGAUGCUCAAGUGCGUGGUGGUCGGCGACGGGGCGGUGGGCAAGACAUGCCUACUCAUGAGCUAUGCCAACGACGCCUUCCCCGAGGAGUACGUGCCCACUGUCUUCGACCACUACGCAGUCAGCGUCACCGUGGGGGGCAAGCAGUACCUCUUGGGACUCUAUGACACAGCUGGACAGGAAGACUAUGAUCGUCUGAGGCCUUUAUCUUACCCCAUGACUGAUGUCUUCCUCAUAUGCUUCUCUGUGGUAAAUCCAGCCUCAUUUCAAAAUGUAAAGGAGGAAUGGGUACCAGAACUAAAGGAAUAUGCACCAAAUGUCCCUUUCUUAUUAAUAGGAACUCAGAUUGAUCUCCGAGAUGACCCCAAAACUUUAGCAAGACUGAAUGACAUGAAAGAAAAACCUGUCUGUGUGGAACAAGGACAGAAACUAGCAAAAGAGAUAGGCGCAUGCUGCUAUGUGGAGUGUUCAGCGUUAACCCAGAAGGGUUUGAAGACUGUGUUUGAUGAGGCUAUCAUAGCCAUUUUAACUCCAAAGAAACACACAGUAAAAAAAAGAAUAGGAUCAAGAUGUAUAAACUGCUGUUUGAUUACGUGAGAGACACCUUUAGUGGCCAAGGAAACUGUCCAUUUCUCCCAGAAAGCAUUUGAAAUGCUACAGUGAUGUCCUGACCUCUUACAAUGAAGCAGUUUAACUUGAGGGGGGAGGGAACCUGUCCUCAGCAUUCUACAGAGUUCAUUGAGAAUGUUUCAUAAAGGGUCUAUGCGGCAGCAAACAGCAUCUGAAGCCACAAUCUACUAUAAAUACUUUAUUUCAACUAGAAGGUACAAUCUCUCAGGGGUUUCAUAAUUACAAUCACAUCAUGUUUAGAAAACAACAGUGCUGUAAACGGACUGCUUGGCUUGACCAUGUCACUUCUGCACAGCCCUUACCGAAUCUGCACACAAAUAACUCUCUCCUCUCUCUUAAUUGUUCUUGUAUGUAAGUUGCUUUCUAUUCCAGUAGAUCCAGAGUGGCGAGAUAACCAGGCCAGCCACGUAGCCAAAGGUCGCUCCGAGUGUGCAGGAGAUGGGCCACACCUGAGGAAAGAAUUGAGAUUUAAACCAACAGAUGCUUUCUUAUACUUGAGCACAAAUGAAGUAUAACACAAACAUUUCUAUAGUGAGGCUUAACGUGCUUUCUUAAAGAAUGCCAAGUUUAAUAGAUCAGAACUGCAUUGAUCAUGAACACUAAAAAUGUACACGUUUUAGUUAACGUGCAUUAAACAGUAACGAGCCUUCUGGCAAUUGUAGAUUUAGUUUGAUGUUAUCCAAAUUGCAUGAAAUACAUGCUAAAGUAACAUUUAAAAAUUGGGUCAUAGUUUGCCAUAAUCCUGAACUCAGUUUAGCUCUCUGAAUUAGUUGGCCAUUUUUCUAAUUCCCAUAUUGGCUGUGUACAUCAAAUGAAAUAAGUGUAUAGGCUAACGAAACCUUAGAAACUUUCAGUUGUGUCGGAGGGAAGACCUGGAAGGUAAGCAUGCUAUGUGGCAUUUGUGGGUAUCUGCUUCCAUAGUGAAACUGAAGGCACUUGGAGCUGCAGUGUGUCCAGAGCAGAGGUACAAGCACAGCUUAUGGACACAUCUGGAGCGAGGCAAGCAGAGCACUGCUGCUCCCCAAUGUCUCCAGCCAUGCUACACUCCACUGAAUCCGAAAUAUAAUGGGUUUUUCUUAUGCCAUAGACAGGGUAUGUGUGAAAAAUCUUGGAAACAAACUUUCAUGUUCCUUUGUAAACCAUAUUUGGUGUACUGCAGCCAUUUCUAACUCUCCUUUGGGGAACAGGCCAUCAAAGUGGACUGGAGGCAAACCAUCUUAAUAACUGGCUGGUUACCGCAUUUGGCUUUCUUCUUUGGUCUGCUAUGGAUCUGCCUUAUUCUAAAUGCCAUGCAACAGACAGUAGUGUAGGCAAAGCUUCCAUGUGAACCACCUCUUGCAGUUGAGGGAAGCAAAAUCUAAUCCAUAUGUUGUUACCAGCCUUCCUUAGGUUCAAAUUUGCUGUUGCUUAAACUACGACUUCUUUGUCUUUAGCAAGCUUCUGUUAUCUUCCAUGGUUUGUGCUUAAGCUUUGUCUAUUGCACAGAUUGGGUAAUGGAACACUAAACAUUUAUACUUGAAAAUGACAGCCUUAAAUGUUCAUACCAGUCACAAAUCUAGAUGUACUGUCUUGCAUGUGAGCUUUGUAGGAGUUUUUAAAAUAUAAGCACCACACUCCCCAUUCGGUAGUGGACAGUCUGCUAGACAAGAGCUUUCUCUUGGAAGUGGACGUAGUAUGUCUUCAGGCAGUGGUGGUUCACAUUAAGUAUAUCAUGGCCUUAUGUAUGCUCAAAUGGGACUUCUGUAAUAUUCCCAUUUAGUUUUGGUCUGUUUUUAGAUAGAAUUGAAAGAAAUUGUAUAGUUGGUUAACAUAUUAGCUAAGUUGUCAAACCUAUGAUAUGAAGGAAUCGAGACAGUAAAGUAUUAUUCGUUUCCAAGAUGCCUUUGGAGAUUUGAUGGUUUGUUUAUUUUCUUCAAAUCUACAUCUGUGAAACCCUUGACACUUGGUAUGUUAGCAAUGAGUUUAAGUCAAGGACUUUCCUGCUCCAAGAGAAAUGGAUUAAGAUUCUGAACAUGCACUGCUGUCACCUCAGUCUCCUCAUGUGUGACCAUGGGGACAAACUCAUGUCCCAGUCAUUCACGAGGUCUUACCACUCUCUGAUUGACAGCAGUCAUAGUUGGACUUCACCUUUUCCAGAUGGUAAGAAUCAUGUAUAUAGCCUAUCUGAACUCUAAGCAGACGAUUGUAUCAUCUGAACCUGAGGUGCCUUAGGUAUUCAAUUUACCUUGAUGGGGUUUGGAGUUUCCCAUUGCUUGUUAAGAGCUCUUUGUGUUUGUUUAGUAUUUCUUUUUGCAAAAUCUUCUCUGCCACUUUAACCAGAAAACCAAAGAUUUGUUUUCUAUUCCUGAGCAGAUUAUAGAGAAACUGCCUUAUUUUAGACACAUAUCUUCAUUAAUGGCUUAGGUUGCAGCAGAAAUUCAGACUACUCUCUGGAAUAACUCUUCCAAAAAUAUUUUAUUAACAUGAACUGUAUUAGUGAGCACACUGCUUCAAAUAAGGUCAUGUGUGAAAGAACAUACAAAAAAUUAUAAUUGGUUAGUGUUUGCAUAGAAAAUUUGUUCUGAAAGCCCUUUACAAUUUUUAGGGGAAUCUUGAAAUCUAACAGCACUUACUUUGCUAAUGUAUGCCCUUACUCUGUCCUUACAGGUACAUUGUAGCUACUUGUGAUGAAUUAUCAUAUUUCCAAUACGUAGAGCUUGAGUUCAUGCUAUUUGUUAUGAAUUAUCUUAGUUCUUUAGACACUGCUUCCAUUUGAUUUUUAAUUAUUGGUUUUAAAUACCAAAUUAAAUGCUGGUUUGUUGGUUGUUGUUUUUAAAUGAUUGUUACUUCAACAGCACCCCCUCCUGACGUAUGGGGUCAUAAUAAAAUGAGAUGCAUAGUUUACUGUUUUAUGUAAAGCACUGAA